AUGGGUCUGCGUAAAGAAAAUGGAGAGCUGAGGGCUAGGGUAGAGGUGCUGGAGAAGAAAGAGAAAUCAAGUAAAGAGGUGAUUAGCAAUCUCUCUAGUGACUUAGCCGAUCUAGACCAGUACGGAAGACGGUUAAAUCUCGAGAUUCAUGGGUUGAAAGUAGUUGGCGAUCCCAGGGAGGAAAAUCUUUCAAACGUACUUGAGAAAUUAUCCAAUGACAUCGGUAUUGAUUAUAAGCCUGAAGACAUCCAUCAGGCCCACCGCCUUCAGCCGAGGAGAGAUGGAAAGCCUCCCACAAUCAUCGUUCAGUACUACUCCAAGACAUCAAGGGACCUCUGGCUGAAGAAUGGAAGAAGGGCCAAGAUAAGUGAUGUGUACUUUAAUGAGAACCUAUGCCCGCAGUACAGACAAUUACUUCGAGAGGCUAAACUUAGAGCUAAGACGCAUAAUUUUAGGUUUGUCUGGUUUAGUGGCGGGCGAAUACUGGCAAAAAAAGGGGAAAAUGACAAAGAUGUAUUGGUUAUCAAAUCUUGGAAUGACCUCAGCAAAAUUGUGUAG